AUGUCCGGCCCUGAUGCCGCGGGUGUCGUGCUCGCUGCCACUCAGAUCUGCAGUCAACUUGCAAAGGAGUUUUAUAAGGUCAUCAAAUCGGUCCCUGGAGCCACCAAUGAAGCCCGUAAAACCCAGAAUGCCCUUGUUUCUUUACAUUCACGCCUUAAGAGAGUCGAGUUCCUGUUCCAAACGACUACGGCUCAAGAUGCAGCAGAAGAGUCCUUUCGGAACUCGAUCAUAGAGAUCCUUGAGAACAUCGGCAAAGAGCUUCGUGAUCUACAAGCUAAACUUCGGCUUAACAACAUUCUGUCUUCGAAAUCGAACAUCGGUAUAGCCUGGGAUAAACUGGCAACUAGACUGGACGAAGGAGAUAUUAAGGAUAUCCAGGCACGGAUUUCUUUACACGAGAGCAACCUACAGACGUAUUUUGAUUUAAUCUCACUGUCAACACAUCUGAAAACACAACGCGAUCUCGCCGAUUUUAUUAGAGUGGCGAGGACGGUAUUUGAGGUUGCCCAAAACACCGACAGACUCUAUAGAAUGGAGGUGGCUGAAUCUUGCACCGGCCGGACGAUCCGACAUGAGGGGACUUUGAACAGCACAUAUCCCAAGAGCAUCGUUGGAAACGAGACUGGACCCAAGUAUCUGAUCGCUAUCGAUAAAUGGCUUCAAUCAAUUGAUCCAGGCCCUUCUUCAAACAAGUCACUCCAUCAAGACAUCACAUCUUGUUCGUCUGUCAUAGACGAGGACUGUAUCAAGAGCUUAGCCUCUAUCAAUUCUUCCAUUUCAGAGGAUCAAGGCUAUUUCACGACAGGAGGAGUCAUCCCCUUAUCGCCGCCUUCACUUACGAUAGACUCCGCCAUAGGAAUUCCACGGACAACGAUACCCUCACCAGACCUGGAUGCUCCAAGGAUUCGUGCUUGGUGCAGGGAGCAGGGAUUCGAUAUCAAUUCUCCUGACUUUGGGUACGACAGGAUCAAUGACACGGUCCUCGACCACCUGAAGGGUUUCUCUCCGAUUCAUCACGCCAUAAAUACAGGGGAGAAUGACAUUCUCGAAAGUAUGCUAUCCAGUCCUUACUAUGAUCUGGAGGUUAGAUUGGAAACCAAAAACGACAAUGCAACUCCUCUGCUCCUGGCGUGCUCGAAGAGAAACGCCAGAGCUCUUCGGCUCCUUCUAGAGAAAGGCGCUUUAAGAAACACAACCGACAACACUGGCAAAACUGGUCUACAUCGAUGUCAAAGUUCCGUCCCUGGAGGCAAAAACUUUGCUUGCCUUCUCCUAGACUCCCAAGGCGCUGGUUCACUUGAUGUCAAUGCACAUGACCAAUACGGCAUGACAGCUGUGCACAUGGCUGCCCGGAUAGGCGACAUCAAAAUGCUUGAAUACUUGCUGCGCGAGAAACAAGCAGAUGCAAACUCGUGUCAGCCAGAUGGGUCAACACCCCUUAUCCUCGCACUGAAACAUAACAAAGUCAAUCCCAAGAGACAUAAUGUUGUAUUUACUCUGCUUGAGAACGGUGCCAAAGUCGCGUUGAAGAACAAGAAGGGGGAAACAGCCAAGGAUAUUGUUAAACGCACGAAGGUAGAGGGUGAUAAGACUGUCUUAGUCCUUCUGAAAUUCUACAAGGUUCACGACAGGAGUGCUACAAUAAGGCGCCAGAGCAAUGUUUCAUAA